CAGAACGGACAGCGAACAAGCGCGAAAAAAUUUUAAGAUUUUGUUAUCUAUUUCAAAACUUUCAUACAAGAUUCAAGAAAUAAAUUUCGUCUCAAACAGUACAAAUUAGCUAAUUCGAAAUAUUUGAUUGAGCAACUUUUGAAUUUGAAAGGAAUCUGUUGCUAGUGUUCAAUAUGAGUGUUAAGUGCAGUGUUGUUUGGUGUUCGAUGGCACUUUUGUGCUUGACGAAUGCCUUCCCGGAUGGUGCGCCCGCCGACACUUGCGUCAAACAACGUGCGAAUCAACCGAAUCACGGCAAAGCGCGCACACAACCCGGGCAAACUAUUCCGUACGAAGUUGUUGCCGAUUCGGAAACAUUCCAUCCUGGACAACCAAUUUCAGUUUCGAUUUACCCCAUCGAUCAAAAGUCCACCUUCCGCGGAUUCUUUCUGCAGGCGCGCGAUGCCAACUCCAACGAAUGGAUUGGUGAAUGGAUACAAAGUGAGAAUACCAAAACUAUACCAGAAUGUUCAGCCAUAACGCAUUCGGACAAUCGCGACAAGUUGGGUGCGAAACUGUUUUGGAAGGCGCCACAAAACAAACGCGGCCGUGUUUACUUUACUGGCACAGUACUGAAGGAGUAUUCAAUAUUUUGGAGCGACAUCGUGGCAAAGGUACAAGCUACGCAGUGAGAGUAUCAUGGAGCGAAAGCUUUAGGCUUCCUUCUAAUUUUGUAGCGUCGGGAAAUAAAAUUUGAAAGCAAGUGAAAUUAACAAAAAAUCGCUUUGUAACUAAAUUGUUUAUGCACCUUGACAAAUAAAUUC